AUGCAGGUUGACUAUGGGGUCUCCCCAGCAGGGGUCUUCCUCGUCGCGUUUCUGCAGAACAUUUUCGGGGCCUGGCUGACUCCGGUGUCGAAAAAGCUUCUGGUACGACUCAGGGCUGAGGGCUACCGAGCCAAACUGGGUGUAGUGUUUAUCUGGUCUCUGGCUCUUUUCUUCCUGGCCUUGGUGUGCAUUCCUGGAAUGCCUCUGUGCGUGGUUAUACCCUCCAUCAUCCUCAUGCAAUCAUUGAACUCUUGCACCCGUGCUUUCAACCGGGCGCAGCUGAUCAACUUUCUGCCGCGCGAGAAGAUUGCUGUGUACAUGACCUGGGAUGCGCUUAACAAGGCCAACCAGGGUGGGAUCGCCAUCUUCGGGGCCCAGGUUGUUGCUUUCGCUGGUUAUCGGGGCUGCUUCCUUGGCACCUUCUGCCUUUUGCUGAUUCGCAUGAUCAUCUAUUUGGCGUUUACGCUCCGACGCGGCACUGUGUACAGAGGCGGCUACUUGCGCGAGCUUGAGGAGUCGACCCUUAAAACGGCGACUUCAGAGCAAUCCCUCCUGAUAACCGCAGAGGAUCUCAACUGUGUGGAGAACUUGCGUGCGGUGUAUGAUGGAGAUCAGGAGUCACAAAUGUUUCAACCAGCAGAAGCGCUGGCUUUGGCAUCAGAAAAUCCUGCCAAGCUCCAAGGCGGACAGGCGCCCACCGCUCUGACUUGA